GUCAGUAGCAGUGCCACGACCACAGUGCCACGUCAGCAGUACCGCGUCAUCAACACCGUGCAGCUAACUGCAGCUUAUGCUUCGACGCAGCAACCGCAUUGCAGCACGCGAAGGGCGGGCAGCAGCGGCAGAACAGCAGCUACCUCUGCCCCACCCCUCUGAAAUGGACACUCAGGGCAACCCCACGGUGGACAAUGCCGCAUCCGGCAGUCCACAUGAGGCGUGCAGUUCGAACCCCCCGGCCCCACAGGCCCAACAGGAGGGUUCCACUGCGACUUCUGCGGGAACCCUCGACGCUGCACCAGUCCGGCAGCAAGGAGAGACCAUGACGGCCUUCCUGGCCCGCCUGGGCACCUAUAUGCAGCAAGUCCAAGAGGAGCAGCAAUGCGAGGCGGCAGCCGAAGCAGCACGCCUUAAUGCCAUUGCACACGCAGAAGAGCAACGACGCCGGCAGCAAGCUAACGCAGCUGCCAACCACAACAAAGCUCGAAGAGAUGCCGUGUCUGUCAUCAUGCAGCAGGAAGCCGCUCAUACCGCCGCACUCCAAGCAUGGCACGUUGAUCCAGCGGAAACAACGGAACCAACUACGGAGGACCAGACUAAGUCAGCUCUCGCCAGCAUGAUGCACCAAGUCAUCCUCACUUGUAACUGGCAACAAGCGGAGCUGGCUCGGCAGGCACGUACCAUUACUGAGUACGAGGAGACUCUCAAGAGCCUCCACGCCCGCCUUGACAUGCUGGAGAAGGAUGACGUGCCGCACAGGCACACGGCAUCGUCAAGCAUCGAGCCAUCGAUCCGCGAGCUGGAAGGACGGCUGGAUCACCUAGUCGCGCUUGUCGGCAAUUUGAACAGUUUCCGACACCCGACGACCAUCAGUCAGCAAUUAGCCGCCCUACAAGCGGAUCUGCGUCAGCUGCAGCAGCAACCAACCGGGACCUGCAGCAACUUGACGCCUAAACAGUACAAGAUGCCGAAAUUCAGCAUCGACAAGUUUGAUGACUACCACAAGGCGGACCCCAUCAGUUGGUGGCAAGGGUUCACCAAUGAGCUCUCCAUCCACUUGGUCCCGCCCAAGUCGAAGAUCUCAGCGCUUUACCUCUGCAGCACCGGUGCCAGCCAAGUGUCGCUCAACCACCUGGCUCAAACCGAGGGCGUCGAAGUCUCUAAGCUUCACACCAAGAUCACUUGGGAGGCCAUGACUGAGAAGUGGCGGAAACGUUUCAUCGUCGACGACGCUCAGGGCAAAGGCGUGAACCGGAUCGUCAGCAUGCAUCAAGGCAGCCAGCCAACACGCGAAUGGCUAACUGAGUUGCAGAAAAUCGUGACGAUUCCGAAUUUGGACAUCCCAUUCGUACAACUUCGUCGCGAAUUCUUCCAGCGGUCAGUUGACGCGUUGAGCACGGCCCUUGGGAAGCGCAGCCUAUACACGGACUUCGGCCAGAUCGUGGAGAAGGCGCGCGAAGUCAUCCAAACGAAUCGGUGGGCAGCCAACGAGCGGCGAAGCCAACCGAAUUUUGAGGAAAAGGGCACAGGCCCGCAGCUGCAGCAAGUCGCUGUUGUCCAAGGAAAUGGGCAAGAGAACGACCAGGCGAUGACUCACGAGUCUAGUGAAGGAGACGGAGUCAACGCCCUUCCGCCACGACGCAACAACAACAACAACAAGAAGAAGGCGAAAUCAGUGCAAAGAAGACGUCCGUCCACGACAAAGCUCGGGAAACUGAGCUUCGCGGGAAGUGAGGCGACUCCACUUCCUACUCCGCUGGACACGGUUGCCUUGCUAGCAACCUCCUCCACGUCCGGGGAACAUGCGUAUGUCGCCAGUCUUCGCGAAGAUUACGAAGACUACGCUGUCCAGCUGGUCCCGCUGUUGGACCAACCUCUCCACGUGCAAGACUCAUUUGCGUGUGCGACUUCAUCACCAUCGCCAAGUGAACCAUUACUCUACGUACGCAUUCAGAUCGGGAAGGCGACCUGCAGCGCCUUGAUAGAUUGUGGAGCUACUCGUAACUACAUCAGCCAGGGUUUCAUGACCCGCGCCGGCCUUGGGCCGUGCGUUCGAAGGAAAUCGCAGCCCACGCAAGUCACGUUGGCCGACGGUCGUACGCAGAAGUCCAUCGACCCAUGCAUUGACUCCGUCCCCGUGUACUUCGCCCCGCUUGCACGCGAGGCCGUGUCCUUUGACAUAUUGGACUCAAAGUUCGACACGAUCUUGGGUAUGUCAUGGCUGCGCAGCAAGAACCACCCGGUGAACUUCUACCGCCGCACUAUUCAAGUUCGUGACCGGAACGGGGUACUUGUGCCAUGUACGGUCCCCCCACCUCAUCCUUCGAUUGGUUGUCAUGUGGUCUCCGCGGCAAGCAUUCACAACUCCAUCGCACGGAACGAUGUGGAGGAAAUGGGAAUUUGUUUCUUGCACGCCCUCCCUCCUCCCAACGAGCCAGCGGUGGAACAGCCACCGGAUCCACGCAUUGUACAGCUUCUUGACUCCUAUGGCGACGUCUUUGAAGCCCCCGCCGAAAUCCUACCGAAUCGGCCAAUUUGUCACAAGAUCAUCCUCGACGAUGGGGCCGUACCUCCGCGCGGAUGUAUUUACCGCAUGAGCGAGGAGGAACUCGAAGUGCUUCGAACGCAACUCGAUGACCUCAUUGACAAGGGCUGGAUUCGCCCUAGUUGCUCGCCCUACGAUGCACCUGUUCUCUUCCAAGAGCUCAAGUACUUGGGCCACUUUGUGACACCGCAAGGCAUCAGUCCGCUUGCAGACAAGAUCAAGGCCAUCCAAGAUUGGCCGGAAGCGACCAACACCACGGAGGUUCACUCUUUUAUGGGAUUGGUCGGGUACUACCAACGCUUCAUCGGAGGAUACGCACGGAUCGCCGCACCCUUGUCAAGAUUGCAGUCUCAACAAGUGCCCUUCCAGUUCACCGACGAAGUCCGCAGUUCGUUCCACAAAUUGAAGACGGUGUUGCUCCUCGCUCCCGUCUUGAGUAUCUACGAUCCCACCUUGCCUACGAGAGUGACUACGGAUGCUUCCGGCUACGGCAUGGGUGCAGUCUUGGAACAACACGACGGAGUAGACUGGCAUCCGGUUGAGUACUUCAGCCAAAAGGUGCCCCCCAUCAACUCCGUUGAUGAUGCGCGGAAGGAGUUCCUCGCAUUCGUCACGGUACUCAAGCGUUGGCGACACUUCCUCCUCGGGUGUCGUAGAUUCACUUGGGUGACUGAUAAUAAUCCAUUGACCUACUACAAGACGCAAGACACGGUGAGCAGCACGAUUGCUCGGUGGAUGAACUUCAUCGAUCAGUUCGACUUCACACCGAAACAUAUCCCCUCCAACCGAGCCGCGGAUGCUCUCUCGUGAAGAUCAGAUCUUUGCGCAGUGACUCACCACGCGUUCAGUUUCGACGAAGGCCUUCAUCAGCAUUUUGUGCAAGCAUACAAGUCCGAUCCGGAAUACGGCACGCUCUACGAGUAACUAUCCUCGGAUCAACCGCCGGCCAGCCACUAUCGCGCCGCCGAUGGCUACUUGCUUCUUCACUCACGCGUCAAGGACUUACUAUGCGUCCCACAUGACCGUCGCCUACGGACUCGCCUCCUCGGAGACUCGCUGGCCACCUUGGCAUCAACCGUACGAUCGCAAGACUUCGGCAACGAUUCCGGUGGCCCGACCUCAUCAUUGACGUUACUCGCUAUUGCGACUCUUGCGAAGUUUGCCAAUGAAGCAAACCCCACAAU